AUGGAGAGCAGCCCUGAGGAGAAGGAUGGGGGGGGGUCAGCGGAUGAGAAGCGCAAUUGCCACGUGAUCUUCAGAGAAGGGAACAAAGCUAUAAUUGAAAGUACUGGCAAAAGAGAAGGGUGGGGCUGCUCUGAUUUUCACCUUGCUUUUUUAUUUUCUAUUACAGGUAGCACAGAUGGUAUCGGGAAGGCAUAUGCUGAAGAACUGGCAAAGCGCGGUGUCAACAUCAUCUUAAUCAGCCGAAGCAAAGAGAAGCUGGAGGCUGUAUCUAGAAGCAUAUCUGAAACGUAUAAAGUGGAAACAGAUUUCAUAGUAGCAGACUUCAGCAAGGGGCGUGAGCCUUACCCAGCCAUUAAAAAGGCUCUGAAAGACAGAGAAAUUGGCAUUUUGGUGAAUAAUGUAGGAGUGUUUUAUCCCUACCCGGACUAUUUUACCAACCUGUCUGAGGAUUUGCUGUGGGACAUGAUCAACAUAAAUAUUGCUUCUGCUAACAUGAUGAUGCAUAUUGUGCUGCCGGGCAUGGUAGAGAAGAAGAAAGGGGCAAUUGUGAAUGUUUCUUCUGCGUCCUGUUGUCAGCCGACACCAAUGUUGACAAUCUAUGGAGCCUCUAAAACCUACUUGGACUAUUUCAGUAGAGCACUACAUUAUGAGUAUGCCUCAAAAGGAAUUUUUGUUCAGAGUUUAACCCCAUUUGUAAUUUCUACAAAAAUGGUAGCAUGCAGCAGCGCUGCAUCAGAGAGAUCUUUCUUUUUUCCUUCUGCUGAAGAAUAUGCAAGUCAUGCUAUUUCUACUCUUGGGUUAUCCACAAGGACUACUGGUUACUGGAAGCAUGCAAUAAAGUUCACGUUGGGUGAGCGCCUACCGGAAUGGAUCUGGGCAUGGUUUGCAAUGUAUUUUUGCAGAAUUGUACGCAAGGAAGCUUUAACAUGCAAAGUGAAAUAGGAAUAUCCAGGCGUCCUGUGUAACGAGUACUAUAUUCUGAUCAGAGCACUGCAAAAACUUUCAGUGAACCUUGGUGGACUUACUGUAACUUAUCCAUACCUUGCUCUACAAACUACGUGUCACCUAGACAUCAGAAGUCUGGAU